CAACACAAAAAGUCCUCUUUAUGUCAACAAUGGAUUUUAACCCAUCGAAUCACCCCAAAGAGUGUCCCUCCUCCAUUCCUUCAUCCUAUGAAAACCCUACCAACCCACCACCACCACCACCCCUCCUCCUUCCACCGGCCACCGGUGACGGCGUCCCACCUGUCACCGUCGACCAGACUUACGACGAAGACCUUGAGUAUUUCAAAUCAUUACCACCUGGUUUUCGGUUUUGCCCUUACGACGAAGAACUCAUUCUUUGUUACUUGCUAAGGAAGAUAAAGAAUGAACCUCUGCCAAAAAACCUGAUCAAGGAGGUCCAAUUAUAUGACCAGAAUCCUGAUGUAUUAGUAGAAAAGUACAGGCAUUUUGGGGAGAAAGAAUGGUAUUUCUUUACCUCAAGAACUAAGAAGUAUAAAAAUGGUAGAAGACCGAAAAGAGGAACAACUGAUAAAACUGGAUACUGGAAGGCUACAGGAGCCGAUAAGGAAAUCAAGUAUGAGGGGAAAACUGUUGGACUCAAAAAGACUUUGGUUUACUACCUAGGAAACCCUCCCAAUGGCACCAAAACAAACUGGAUCAUGCAUGAAUAUCGAGAGAAUGAUCGUAAAAAAAAGCGAGCUCGUUCCAAUGACGACGACAUGCUGUUGGAUCGUUGGGUUUUAUGCAGGGUAUACAACAAAAAUGGGAAAUCGAAAUCCCCAGCAGAAGUAGAAGCAGAAGCUGAUGGUUCUCUGCCAAAUAAUAAUGAUGAUGAUACAAUGUCAGAUAGAAUGGCUGCUAAUUUAAUCGUUGAUGCAGAGGAGCAGAAUUUUGUAAAUGACAAAAUCAUUGAUCCAGAGGAGGAGCAGAAUUUUGUAAAUGACAAAAUCAUUGAUCCAGAGGAGGAGCAGAACGGCGCUGACAAUUAUGUAACUUAUAAUGGUGGUACCUGUGAACUGCCACCUCUUCCGGAGUCCAUUUAUUUUUCUUCUGAUUAUCAGCCUACACGUUUCUUUCAGCAGCAGUUUUCUCAGCCGGUUUAUACUUCUCCGAUCAGAAGAAUGGCUCAGUUCUCCAGUGAUGUGCCUCCUCCUCCUAUCUUCAUUAAUGGUCAGAUGAUGGACCAUGGUUCGUUUAGAAAUAUGGCUCCAGGGUUCAGUCCUCCUCCUCCUCCUUAUCCUCCUUAUCCCCCUUAUCCUCCUUAUCCUACUUAUCCUGAGUCCAUCAAUGGUCCUGGACCUGGUGAUGGAUUCUGGUAAUAGUAAACGGGUAGGUUUUUGAGUUUAAUGAAACAUAUACCCAAAAACAAUGUUGUGUUUUAAACUAUUUUUAGGAGAGUUCAAAGUCUUAACAUUACUUCUGAGAUCCAAUAAAUGUUAAUUUUACAG